AUGGGAGAAGAAAAUGAGAAAAUGCAUGAGAAGAUAAAUUCAUCAUUUACAAUAUACGAAGUAGAAGACAUGACAAAGUUGACGUACAGACAGCAGUUACUUGUCACACGGUAUAGAGAAAACAUUACCAGAAUAAAUCCCUUGUUUAGAUUACAGAAUAACAUUGAGGAAAAAGAAGAAUCAAAUCACUGGAUGGAACUACAUAAGGUCAAAAUGGAUGUUAAGCCAAUUAGACUGAAAGCAAGGUGUUACUGCAUCCAUAAUGCGCAUGAGAUGUUUGAUUUUAUUCUAUUUCUAGAAAAGAUGGGGAAAUAUAGAUUUGAAAUAUCACGACUCAAAAAGAGACUCUAUUUAAAUACCCAGCAAUGUCAGUGUCACAAGCUUAGAACAACAUUUAGGUAUUUAAGUGUGUUGAUAGAGAAAAUAGACAAGCGAAUAAAAUAA